UGCUUGCCAACAACCGAUUCAGGGGCCAAUUCCUGAAUUUUAGAUGCCUCCUCCUCUCAGUUGGAUACCCUAGAUUUGAGUGGCAAUAGAUUAGAAGGGCCUAUUCCUAUGUCAAUUUUUGAACUUAAAAACCGUCAUAUCCUCUUACUUUCUUCCAACAAGUUAAAUGGCACUGUACAGCAAGAUAUGCUUCAAAAGCUUGGUAAUCUAACUAGCCUUGAUCUUUCGUACAACAGCUUGGCAGUAAAUUCUAGUAGUAGCGGUUCUUUCCCUCCCCAGAUUAGCACAUUGAAAUUGGCCUCUUGCAACCUGAACGUAAUUCCUAAUCUAAAGAACCAAUCGAACUUAUAUCAGUUAGAUCUUUCCGACAACAAAAUUUCUGGGGAAAUACCUAACUGGAUUUGGGCAGUUGGUAAUGGGAAACUCAUAAAUCUAAAUUUCUCAUAUAAUCUCCUGGUGGGUCUGCAAGAACCUUAUUCUGUUUCUGACCUGAGUGCUCUUGACUUACAUUCCAACCUUCUUCAAGGAAAGAUACCAAAACUACCACCAAAUGCUGUGUAUGUGGAUUACUCAAAUAACUCUUUCACUUCAAUUCCAGCUGACAUCGGUAAUUUCCUCUCUAUCACUGUGUUUUUUUCCCUUUCAGACAAUAGCCUUACUGGAGUUAUCCCUGAAUCAAUAUGUAAUGCUACAUUUCUUCAAGUUCUUGACUUAUCAGACAAUAAUUUAAGUGGCAGGAUACCGCCGUGUUUAAUUGAAAGCAGCUAUAAGCUUGGUGUACUGAACUUGAGGAGAAAUAGUCUUCAUGGCAUUAUUUCUGGUACAUUUCCUGAAAAUUGUACACUACAAACGGUCGAUCUGAGUGAUAAUCAGCUAGAAGGAAUGGUUCCAAAAUCUCUGGCCAAUUGUGCAAAGCUGGAGAUUUUAAAUAUUGGGAACAACCAAUUCAGCGACACAUUUCCGUGCUGGUUAAACAAUGUCUUCAGUUUGCACAUCCUAGUUCUACGAUCCAACAAAUUUCACGGGGAAAUUGAUUGUCCAGAGUUGAAAGGCUCCUGGCCAAUGCUUCAAAUUUUCGACCUAGCUUCCAACAGAUUUAGUGGAAGACUACCUCAAAAAUACUUGACGACCUGGGUGGCAAUGAUGGCUGACAGUGCCCAAUCAGAGCUCAAACACCUCCAGUUUGAGAUCCUGGCACUAAGCUCAUUAUACUACCAGGAUGAAGUGACAGUUACCAGCAAAGGUCUACAGAUGGAGCUAGUGAAGAUCCUAACUGUAUUUACCUCCAUUGACUUGUCAUGCAAUAAUUUUCAAGGGCCAAUACCAGCAGAGAUAGGGCUAUUAAAAUCACUCCAUAUUCUCAACUUGUCUUACAAUGCUUUCACAGGCCCACUCCCAUCACCUGUAGAAAACAUGAGACAACUAGAGUCCUUGGACCUCUCAGUGAACAACCUGACCGGGGUAAUCCCUGCACAGCUUGCAAGCCUAAAUUUCCUGUCGUUCUUGAAUGUGUCGUAUAAUCACUUCGUUGGAAAGAUCCCGACAGGGACUCAACUCCAAUCAUUUUUAUCAACUUCUUUUGAAGGCAAUAAAGGAUUAUGUGGGCCACCUUUGACAACUGAUUGCACAAACUCCAGCAUGUUACCACCUCCACCACCAGCUUCACCAAACAGUGAAAUUGAUUGGCUGUUUAUAAUGAUGGCAAUUGGUUUCGCGGUAGGCUUUGGAGCCGUUGUUGCACCCCUGAUGUUUUCCAAGAAGGUAAACAAAUGGUAUGACGAUUGCAUCAGCAAGUAUAAGGUGAAAUUUGUCAGUUGCCAGGCCAUGCCGAAUUAACCAUUUGUUGCGGCUCCUA